ACAGCACAGGCGCGGCGCGGAACACGCACACUCCCCUAGUCCCCUUGGCCCUUCCCACCUCACUCGCACAAGAGCAUUGCGGAGCACACAGCAGACAAGGCGAACAAUAACUGCCCCCCCUUCAUCCUCCCCCGCUCCCGUCGUCGUCUCCUUUCCACCCCCUUUCCCCCGCCCCCUGCAUCCUGCAUUACCCCCCUCGCGCGUCCCUCUCCGAUCCCUCACCCCCCAGAUUCCUCCUGCCUACGCUCGCGGGUCUCUCCUGCCCGCCCGAUUUCGCCUCGGACCUCGUCGUCCAUGGUGUGCUUUUUCUUCGUGGCGAUUUGCUGCGCCUCGUCGCCGGCGACCUUGGCGCUUGCAGGCGGCCGACUGCAGUAGGGCAGGUCUGCUUCCACAGACGUCUUCGCCGUUUGAGAGGUGGCGCCCACCUCCACCGUCUCGUCUGCUGCCUGCUCUAGUGGUGCCGGACCUGGGGUGGAGCGGAGAUCCACAAGGGCUUGGAUUGCUUUCGUUGUCUUGCUGGCUUUGAGGUGGAGAUGACACUAAGUUGAAAUUUUUAUCACACGAGGAAGCAAGAACAGGAAAAAAAAUCACAUUUCAGUGUUGCACUCUGUGGAGGGUUCAUUGUUGGUCCACCAAACUACUGCAGUGCUGGAGGGUUUUUGUUGAAGUCCUCUUCAUGUUCACCAUUUCUAAAUUGUCAUAGGCUCAUAGCAUUGUAGCUGAUCAGUCUUCAAGAUCUUCCUAUGAGUACAUAGAUAAAUCAUCAUCGUAUCUGUGUUAAGUAUGCCACCAUGGUGGGGAAAAUCUUCAUCCAAAGAAGUGAAAAAGUCUGCCAAAGAAAACCUCAUCGACACAUUUCAGCGUCUCAUAAGUUCAAAUGAGCAAAAGGGAAGCAGAAAAUCACGAAGUAGUCGUAGACAUGGUAAAGACACAGCUGGUGACAAAGGUUGCUGGUCCACUGCCCAAUCCCGCUCAACAUCCCCUUCAAAAGAGGUCUCUCGAUGUCAGAGCUUUGCAGCAGAUAGACCACAUGCACAGCCACUUCCUCUUCCCAAAUCACGUGCUAAGGUGACACGUACUUCUUCUGAUAUUACCAACUCAAAGUCCACUUUGGAAAAGCAUGGCAAAGGACAACUGCUUCCACUCCCUCCAAUUCAGCCUAAAAAAAGACCUGAAGCUACUGAACCUGUUACUGAAGUAGCUACUGCUUCGGUCUCCAGCAACUGUUCUAUUGACAGUGAUGAUCCUGGUGAUUCUCAGCUUCAGAGUCCUGUGGGAAAUGAGGCUGAAAAUGCGACUAGAAUUACUGCAACAAGUAGUUCAAGUGUUGUGCGCAAAGAAUGUUCUAGUGCUAUUACCAGAAAGAACACAAAGGAAGUUGCAAAGCCAAACAGUGCUUUUCUCAGUAACCAAAUCCUGUCAACAUCUCCAAGAGGUACCUUUGCUGAUGGUUAUCAAUCCAAUUUACAAAGCCCCCGACAGAUUGCCCUGGAGAGUGCUCCGAAUAGUUUGAUGUCAAGUCCUUCUCGAAGCCCAAGAAAUAUAUGUCCUGUUCAGAUUCCAACUUCAGCUUUUUGGGCAAUAAAACCUCAUACUGAUGUAACUUUCCUUGGGUCUGGUCAGUGCUCCAGUCCAGGUUCUGGUCAGACAUCUGGGCAUAAUUCAGUGGGAGGUGAUAUGCUAGGCCCAAUCUUUUGGCAGCCUAGCCGAGGUAGUCCAGAGUGUUCACCAAUUCCAAGCCCAAGAAUGACGAGUCCUGGUCCAAGUUCUCGGGUGCAUAGUGGAAGUGUCUCUCCUUUGCAUCCAAGAGCUGGUGGGGUCACUCCUGAAUCCCCAACAAAUCGACAUGCUGAAGGGAACAAGAAGCAAACCCACAGAUUGCCGCUUCCGCCAUUAAGCAUUGCUAAUAGUUCUACCUUUUUGCCAAACAGCUCUAACCCAACUAGUCCUAUAUCUCGUAGUCCUGGUAGAACAGAGAAUCCACCGAGUCCUGGUUCACGGUGGAAGAAGGGAAAAUUGAUUGGCCGUGGGACAUUUGGCCAUGUAUAUGCUGGUUUUAACAGUGACAGAGGUGAAAUGUGUGCGAUGAAGGAGGUUACCCUUUUCUCAGAUGAUCCUAAAUCAAAAGAAAGUGCAAAACAGCUCUGCCAGGAAAUAUCACUUCUGAGCCGACUGCAGCACCCAAACAUUGUGCGAUACUAUGGAUCUGAAACUGUUGAUGAUAAGCUUUACAUAUACCUGGAGUAUGUUUCUGGUGGAUCUAUACAUAAGCUUCUCCAAGAGUAUGGACAGUUUGGUGAACAAGCCAUUUGCAGUUAUACUAAGCAAAUACUUUUGGGCCUAGCUUAUUUGCAUGCAAAGAAUACAGUACACAGAGACAUCAAAGGCGCAAACAUAUUGGUAGACCCUAAUGGCCGCGUGAAGCUCGCUGACUUUGGGAUGGCAAAACAUAUCAAUGGGCAGCAGUGCCCUUUCUCAUUUAAGGGUAGCCCGUACUGGAUGGCUCCUGAGGUUAUAAAAAAUGCUAGCGGAUGUAACCUUGCAGUUGAUAUAUGGAGUUUAGGAUGCACAGUCCUAGAGAUGGCUACUUCAAAACCACCAUGGAGCCAAUAUGAAGGGAUUGCCGCAAUGUUUAAGAUAGGAAACAGUAAGGAGCUUCCACCAAUACCGGAUCACCUCUCAGAAGAAGGGAAAGACUUCAUAAGACAGUGCUUGCAACGUGAUCCAUCCAGCCGUCCAACAGCAGUGGAUCUUCUGCAGCAUCCAUUCGUACAAAAUGCACCGCCACUUGAAAAAUCAUCUGCCUCUCAUCCACUGGAACAGUUGACGGCUAUAUCAUGCAGAACAAAUUCGAAGGUGGUUGAGCAUGCCAGAAAUAUGUCCUCGCUUGGUUUGGAAGGCCAAUCAAUUUUGCAGAGAAGAGCUGCCAAAUUUUCUUUGCCAAAUAGUGAUAUCCAUAUACGGAGUAAUAUAUCUUGUCCUGUAUCUCCAUGUGGAAGUCCUCUUCUAAGAUCAAGAUCUCCACAGCAUCAAAAUGGUAGAAUGUCACCUUCUCCAAUUUGCAGCCCCAGGACUACUUCGGGUGCUUCAACUCCUCUGACUGGUGGUAGUGGAGCUGUUCCUUUAAACCAUGUGAGGCAACCAGCUUACAGAAAUGAGGGCUUCACGGUCACAUCAAGAGGUUUUGAUGACCACAUGCCUAGCCGGCCUGUUGAUCCAGUACAUGGACGUUUUAUUCGAGUGCAGCAAUUUUCCGUGGGUCGGCAGGAGAGGGUAGUCUCUGAAGUUGACAUUCUGAGCUCUCAAUAUGGAAAGAUGAGACAUGCAAAUGUGUGGGAUCCGCAUGAUAGGCCAUUACCUUCUGAGCGUUCCUCUCAACAGUGCUUUGGGAAUCAUGCGAAGCUAAAACCUUCACUGGACUUGAGAUCUGGUCCUCGGCAACCUGGGCGCAAUCAUGGCCAUUGAUUCUGUAGCAAAAGUUAAUGGAUAAGCUUUCAGUCGUGUCUAUGUGAUAGCUAGUGGUCCUAAGCUGGUUCACUGAAACCUUUAAUUGUAUCAUAGUAGAAGAUGUUCAUUAAUUAUUUCAGAUGCUGACAGUUGGCAGUGGAUAAAGAUUCUCAAAUGUCAAUCUCAUAUUCCCAUUACUCUAAAGAAGAUGAGACAUGCCCUAUCAGGAAGGGGAUGUUGUAUACUCAAGGACCCAAAACAGUGACUCUGAACCUGUAUACUCUUACUCUCGUAUCUACAACAAUUUAGUUUUCGUUUUCUUCUAUGGGUUUGGAGGCCAUUGUACAGAAGGGAACUCUCAACAAGAAAUCCAGAUUACAUGGCACAGGCGAAAGCAAGUGAGCCGUUCACCAAUCUUUCCCUUUUUUUUCGUUUUAAUCUUAUAUAACAGAUACACAUAUGCCGACUGCUCACUGUAAAGUGUUGAUCGAACUGUGGUUGUAAUACCGGUUCGAUCCAUUAAACGUAUCUGUUACUCGAAUAUCAUGUGAAGAGUCUAAUCGUUAAUCAAAUUAACUGGUCCAGUUCUAAAACAGAUUAACUCUUCCUGUGAAAUCCAUUUUCGAACGGGUGUGUAAUGCCGCUUGAGUCCUGACGAACUAGUGUCCGAUGUCUGCUUCAAGAGUCAAGAACACACUACACCUGCCUUCUGGGAUGGAUCAUGUGAUGUCUACUAUCCAGUGGUCCGGUGGUGAGGGAGCCUAUACCUUAUCGUUUUGCGCCCUUCACCUUCGAAAACGCCUUGGCGGCUUGCGAGUUGCGAGCCAAAACAAUCAAGGGAACAACCCAUGUGCCAUGGCGUAGAGUACGCAGGCAGCAAGCCAGCAAUGCAUUAGCCAUUAGCUCCCAGGGUCCCCCAUCCAGCAGUCUUUUACACCUGUCAUCCAUCAUGUUCGUCCUCACUCCAAUCAUGGCGCUGCCAGAAGGCCACCCACACACACCAGGUCCACCAUCGCUGUAGAUUCAAAUGAAGCACUGGAGCUGUUUUGAACCACUAGUGGUCACGCUACGUUCUAUGUUGCUUUUAAGAUCGUUUCAAAUUACUAUUAGUUUCCAGGAGGCAUAUCCGAUGUGAAUGCGAAUCCAGCCAGUGCCGAUUUCUGUUGAAACUGAAACCAAGAAAACCCUGAAUCGAUUUCACUUAACUUAAAUUCUCACAUGACAUCUGCCCUUUCUUGCCAACAUCCCAACGCAUAAAAUGAGACGGCAAACCUUGCAGCAAACGGAUAAUAACUUAAAUUCUCCACGAUGGAAAGAAAAAAACAUGCACAGCUCGGUACAGGAAUACACAGAGUUCUUGUUUCGGUUAACAGAACGGCGCAGCAGUGAGCACCAGCCCUGAAGAGACGACGAAUAGGAAUCGACAGAGAAACUAGGCGUGGGCAGACAA